AUUUUGUGAUAAAUUUUUUAAAAUUAAUACCAAUGCGUCAGGAAAAUCUCCAUGAAGUGUACGAUGAAAGUGAGGAUGAAGAUGAUGAGGAAAAAAGAACUCUGUUUUGUGCGAAUCUGGAUGAAAGAGUAACGGACGAUAUGUUAUAUGAAGUGUUCUUACAAGCGGGCCCCAUUAAGAGUGCGCGAAUACCAAAGGACCAGAGUGGAAGACAGCGUACGUUUGGAUUUAUCACCUACGUUCAUAAAUGCUCCCUGCCCUAUGCCAUGCAAUUGUAUCAAGGCCUUUCGCUGUAUCGCAAAACAUUGACCAUCAAGUAUCAAGGCAACACACAGCCAUCGCCAGUGAGAAAUUACAAUUCUCCCGGUCACCAUAAUAAACGUUCUAGUUAUGACAAUUCAUCACUGAGGGGUGGUAAUUAUUCUCCUUAUAAUGAUAACUCACCACAGAAUCCCUUUCAAAGCAGUUACUCCCCGGAUUAUCCCACAGGUUCUGGUAAGCACCAAGACAAUAUUUCAAAGCACGCCUCAUCGCAGAGAAGAGCCCACACAAAUACCAGUCCCUACCAAAGAAAUAGUACCGGUAGCGAAGAUCGUUAUCGUGAUCGCGAACGAGAUCGUGAUCAUAAUAGAAGACGUCAACACAACAAUGGUGGCAACCGCCAUUCUGAACAACGUAGUGGUAGUGGCAAAUAUCGUAGGUAGCAGUACGUUACGCACGUGCUAGUUGCUUGGAUAAUGUGGAAACAGAUAGUGCUAUUAACAAUCAUUAAUAAUUUCUUUGAAAUAUAUUGUACAUAUUCUAUUGAUAAAGUACAAAGUCGUA